AUGUCGGAGAUCGCUCCUGCCGCUCCCGCCGCCGCCCCCCCGGUGGACAAGACCCCGGUGAAGAAGAAGGCGGCCAAAAAGCCCGCAGGGGCGCGCCGCAAGGCGUCCGGCCCCCCGGUGUCGGAGCUGAUCAUCAAGGCCGUCGCCGCGUCCAAAGAGCGCAGCGGCGUGUCCCUGGCGGCGCUCAAGAAGGCGCUGGCGGCCGCCGGCUACGACGUGGAGAAGAACAACAGCCGCAUCAAGCUGGGCCUCAAGAGCCUGGUGAGCAAGGGCACCCUGGUGCAGACCAAGGGCACCGGCGCCUCGGGCUCCUUCAAGCUCAACAAGAAGGCGGCCUCCGGCGAGGCCAAGCCCAAGGCCAAGAAGGCGGGCGCGGCCAAGCCCAAGAAGGCGGCCGGGGCGGCCAAGAAGCCCAAGAAGGCCGCGGGGGCCAGCGCCCCCAAGAAGAGCGCCAAGAAGACCCCCAAGAAGGCCAAGAAGCCCGCGGCGGCGGCUGUCGCCAAGAAAGUGGCCAAGAGCCCGAAGAAGGCCAAGGCGGCCAAGCCCAAGAAGGCGGCCAAGAGCACAGCCAAGGCCCUGAAGCCCAAGACUGCCAAGCCCAAGGUUGCCAAGCCCAAGAAGGCUGCACCCAAGAAGAAGUAGGUUGUUGGACAUCUGCUUCUGAAACCCAAAAAGGCUCUUUUCAGAGCCACCACUAUCUCCGAGAAAGAGCUGGGCAUUCUCUGCGCAUCUUUACCCUUAA